UCUCGAGGUGAGAUCAAUUAGCUAAAUGCAAAUGAGAAACUUAACAGUCCCACCAGAGCAGCUCGAUUAGCAUUCACUCUGUUUUUUAGUAACUUUGGGACAGGACAGGAAAUUAUUCGACCAAUGUCUGAAAAGGCUCCACUUCUAAACUACCGACUCACCACCAGCCCGGAGGUGAAUAAUGUAGCCGCAAACAGGAAAGCCAAGUGGGCCGGGGAGCACCACGUUCCUCGGUCUACCCCCACCGCCAUCAUCAAAACCACCCGAAAACUUGGUGUACUUCUCGGGGUUGUUAUUCCAACUUUGCUGUCUAUGUUUAGCGUUGUCGUGUUCCUGCGAAUUGGAUUUGUUGUGGGUCAAGCAGGACUCUAUCAGUCCAUCGCCAUGUUCUUAGUGGCCUACAUCAUCAUCACAAUGACUGUCCUUUCUGUCUGUGCCAUCUCAACUAAUGGUGCUUUAGAUGCAGGAGGUGCCUACUACAUGAUCAGUCGAGCACUGGGUCCAGAGUUUGGCGGGAGCAUUGGAAUCAUGUUCUUCUUAGCCAAUGUGUGCGGCAGUGCUCUUUAUGUUUUGGGUCUGGUUGAAGCCAUCAUUUCUGCUUUUGGCGUCCCAGAGGAGAGUGUAGCAGUUGUUGGAGGCUCUUAUCGGGUAUUGCCUUCCGGAUACUGGUGGUCUUUGCUCUAUGGCACAAUCCUGCUCUUCAUUUGUUUCAUUGUCUGCUUGGUAGGCGCCCAUAUUUACGCCAAAGCCGCUUUUAUCAUCUUUCUUAUCGUCACAACAGUCUUGGCAUCCAUCUUUAGCAGUUUUUGCAUCGUGGGGCCCAGAAUAAUCACACUUCCAGAAACCUCUGCUAUAAACGACUCCACCCACGCCACCGCCAACUAUACUGGCCUCCGACUCCAUACCUUGGAUGGCAACCUACGGUCCAGUUACACCGUUGACUACACCACUGGGACAAUGAUGAGUUUUGCCACAGUGUUUGCAGUCAUGUUCAACGGUUGCACAGGAAUCAUGGCAGGAUCCAACAUGUCUGGUGACUUGAAAAACCCUGGCUAUUCCAUCCCCAGAGGAACCUUAGCCGCUGUUUUAACAACUUUCAUCACAUACAACCUGCUAGGUCUGCUGGCUGCAUCCUCUUGUGAACGUCGCCUUCUUCAAAGAGACUACAGCUUCAUGGGUGUCAUCAACAUUUGGCCGCCUCUUGUCACAGUCGGUAUUUACUCCUCGGCCAUGUCCGCUGCCAUGAGUAAUCUCAUAGGAGCCUCCAGGAUCCUGUACGCCCUCUCCAAAGAUGACCUGUUUGGUGGUGUCCUGGCUCUCACAAGGAAGACAUCCCCCAGUGGUAACCCCUGGGCCUCGGUGCUUGUCUCCUGGUUGCUUGUACAGAUGGUGCUGUUUGCUGGGAAAUUGAACACCAUUGCUGGCAUUGUGACCAUCUUCUUCUUGUUGGUGUAUGCUGCUGUGAACCUGGCUUGUUUGGCUUUGGAGUGGGCAUCAGCGCCAAACUUUAGACCCUCAUUUCGAUGUUUCACGUGGCACACCUGCACGCUGGGCAUUCUUGGCUGCUUGGUCAUGAUGUUCCUGAUCAGUGCCAUUUAUGCUUUCGCCAGCAUAGCAUUUAUGCUGCUGCUCCUAAUGGUGAUUCAUUACUUGGGCCCCACCAGCAACUGGGGCUACAUUAGUCAAGCACUCAUCUUCCACCAGGUCCGCAAGUACCUCUUAAUGUUGGAUGUGCGUAAGGACCAUGUUAAGUUCUGGAGGCCUCAGGUGCUUCUAAUGGUGGCAAACCCUCGCAGCUGUGUUGGCCUGCUAACAUUCAUAAAUGACUUAAAGAAGAGUGGGCUCUACGUCCUGGGUCAUGUGAAGCUAGGAUUACUUGAUGAGUUGCCGUCUGAUCCUUUACAGAGCCGGUACAAUUCAUGGUUGACCUUAGUAGACAAUCUGAACAUUAAGGCAUUUGUUAACCUCACCCUAGCCGAGACUGUUCGACGUGGAGUCCAGAAUCUGCUGUUCAUCACAGGCUUUGGCGGAAUGAGGCCGAAUACUCUUGUCUUAGGUUUCUAUGACAACUGCUCUCCUCAAGACCACCUCCAUGGCAAAAUGAUUCUGUCUCCUGGCAGUAGCUUGGAUGCAGUGUGCCCAAACAAACAGUCCCCUUUAUUCCCUAAUAUACGUGAUGUUGAUGGACCCAAAGACUUGGAGGAAGAGGAGUAUGUGUCUGUGAUUGCAGAUGCUGUCAAAAUGGGCAAAAAUGUGACACUGGCUCGAUAUUUCAGCCAGUUCAACCGGGAAGAAGUUUUAGGCUCAACAAGAAAGGCUGGCCCUCACCAAGGCAUGGCGGGGCCAUUUGUCGACGUUUGGCCCUUAAAUCUGCUCCGACCUGACAGCCGCAGCUACGUGGAUAUCUGCUCUCUAUUUCUGCUGCAGCUGGCCUGUGUGCUGCAUGAAACCCGUGCGUGGAGCCAAGCCAGGCUUCGCCUCUUCCUCUGUGUAGAAGAAGGCAUCAGUCUGCAGGAUGAAGAGGCGAAGCUUCAAAAGAUGCUGAAGGAGCUCAGGAUAUCGGCACAGGUGCAGAUGGUGGCCUGGGACAAGGUGGUGGCGCUGCACUGGCUGAGCCGAAAAAGGGAGGGCAAGGUGGCAGAUGAGAACGGAGAUUGGACUGAAGCAUACCCCAACAAUGCCGCUCAGCUGACUGAUGAGUACAUCCACGCCGUCAACAAUUUUAUUCGACUACAAGGAGCACCCCAGCCUGCUGUGCGCUUCCUGUAUUUGCCACACCCGCCCGCGGAUACAAGCCGCUACCAGGCCUACUUGCACCAGGUGGACCUGCUGAGUCGAAACUUAGGGCCGACGAUGCUCGUUCAUGGAGUCACUCCUGUUGUUACGACUGAGAUUUAGAUUUUAUCACACUCAUGCAAUCAUCCCCAUUCUCUUUCACUAAUUGCACAUGGGGUACUUAGCUUGUAGCAGAAUCUGCUCCACUACUUACAUUUAAUUUCACACUAAUUUAUCAAGACACCUAAGGGGAUUUGUCAACACCGUUUAAUUUGAAAUGCUAAAUAUUAGAAUGCUCUUAAUAUGCAGUUUCCACUUAUCUUAGUAUUGUUUGUUUUUGUUUUGUUUUUAAAUGCUUCACAAAUACUGUAACAUUAACAUCUUGUGCUGACAUUUUUGCUAUUCAACAUGACUGAAAAAAAGCAGAUCUUAUUUUAAUCCUAUCCUUUUUCACAUAUUCCUAAUAUUUGUUAAACACCAAAUCUUGUACAUGUUGACACUAUACGGUAUUACACUGAAUUGUGUUCAUAUCCUGUGUUUAAGAAUCACCAUUUUCUAAAUAAAGAGAAAAGAAUGAACAAUA